UGCGCCCGGCGGCCUGGCGGCGGUGGUGAAAAAUGUCCCCAGGCUAGGUAUCCUGCUUGUCUCCGGUGCGGUGCGCCGGUUGGCGUCCGGGUCGCGGCGGGCCCAGGAGCCUUCUCUAGGAGGGGCAGCAGGGAGGGAGAAAUGGCCACAGGGUUGCUCCCAGCCCAAGCUCAGGAGUCUGUGACAUUCAGGGACGUGGCUGUGUUCUUCAGCCAGGACGAGUGGCUGCGCCUGGACUCCGCACAGAGAACCCUGUACCGAGAGGUGAUGCUGGAGAACUACGGCACCCUUGUCUCGCUGGGAAUCCUAUUUUCCAAACCAAAGGUCAUCUUCCAGUUGCAGCAAGGGGAAGACCCCUGGAUGGUGGAAAAUGGAGUUUCUCAAGGCCCAUGUGUAGGAUGGGAACGCUUAUUUGAAACUACAGUUUCUGAAGAAGAAAAUCAGGAAGUAAUGAAUAAACUCCUAGGGGACGGUCCUUUUGACUUCAAGUUGGGGAAAGCCUACAUAAAUGAGGACAAGCUAGGGAGGCAACAAGGCAAAAAGAACAAACCUUUCAGGAAAGUCUUAAUCACCAUCAAAAACACCUACAUGAGGGAGAGGAGCUUUGCGAGUAUUGAGCUUGGGAAAAAUCUCAGUCUGAAAUCACCCCUUAUUAGAAAACCCAGACUUGUUUCCAGAGGAAGGAAACCCCAUUCCCAGCAGUAUUCAGUUCUGUUUAAACAAUUGGGAGUCAAUACGGUGCGCAGAUGUUACAAAUGUAACAUCUGUGGGAAAAUCUUCCUCCACAGUUCUUCCCUGAGUAAACACCAGAGAAUCCAUACUGGAGAGAAGCUCUACAAAUGCAAGGAAUGUCGGAAAGCUUUCAGCCAAAGCUCUUCUCUCACUCAGCACCUGAGAGUUCACACAGGAGAGAAACCUUACAUCUGCGGCGAAUGUGGGAAAGCCUUCAGUUUCACCACGUCUCUCAUUGGACAUCAGAGGAUGCAUACUGGAGAGAGACCCUAUAAAUGUAACGAGUGUGGCAAAACAUUUAAAGGAAGCUCAUCCCUGAAUAAUCACCAACGAAUUCAUACUGGAGAAAAGCCCUAUAAAUGUAACGAGUGUGGGAGAGCCUUUAGCCAGUGCUCAUCUCUUAUUCAGCAUCACAGGAUUCAUACUGGAGAGAAACCCUAUGAAUGUAGUCAGUGUGGGAAAGCCUUUACUUCAAUAUCGCGGCUAAGUAGACACCAUAGAAUUCAUACUGGAGAGAAACCCUUUAAUUGUAAUGAGUGUGGGAAAGUAUUCAGUUACCACUCAGCCCUUAUCAUACAUCAGAGAAUUCACACUGGGGAGAAACCUUAUGCAUGUAAAGAAUGUGGGAAAGCCUUUAGCCAAAGCUCUGCUCUGAUACAGCAUCAAAGAAUUCAUACAGGAGAAAAACCCUAUAAAUGCAAUGAAUGUGGGAAGGCCUUCUCAUGGAUUUCCCGGCUUAAUAUACACAACAGAAUCCAUACUGGAGAGAAACCGUAUAACUGUAAAGAAUGUGGAAAAGCCUUCAGUUCCCACUCAGCAGUUAAUACUCAUCGGAAAAUUCACACUGGAGAGAAACCUUAUAAGUGUAAUGACUGUGAAAAAGCUUUCAACCAAAGCUCAGCUCUCAUUCAGCACCAGAGAAUUCACACUGGAGAGAAACCCUUUAACUGUAAAGUAUGUGGGAAAGCCUUCCGACAAAGUUCAUCCCUUAUGACACAUAUGAGGAUUCAUACAGGAGAAAAGCCUUAUAAAUGUAAAGAAUGUGGGAAGGCUUUUAGUCAGAGCUCAUCCCUUACCAAUCAUCAGAGGACUCACACUGGAGAAAAACUAUAAAUAAAACACAUGUGGAAAGUCUUCCAACUGAAGUUCAUUUUGUACUCAAUUUCAAAAAAACUCGUCCUGGGCAGAAAGUGAUGAAGAGUAGUUAAUUGUGAGUUAAACUUCAGAAUGUAGACCUCCUCAGACAUCAGAGACUUCAUGAUGCAGGUAACGUUAAGUGUAUUAGGAAAGCUACUAUGAAAUGUUUUCAUAGUUUUUAAGUUAUCAUGGCUAUAAGAUAGAGAAUGUGUAAGAUUCUUCUAUCUUGUUCCUGGUGACAUGUGAUAAGAGCCCCCAGCUUUCGCAAGCAUUACCGGGAAGCCUGUUGAUUUAUGUAAAAGUGCAGCCAUAAAAUCCAGACUUUAGAUUAAUCUAGGAAUCUAUUUUUUGAAAUGACAUUUGAGUGUUAUGCAAGCCAGUUAUACUAAGAAGAAUGUUUUGGAGAAGAAAUAUAAGCAGGUGACCUGUAGCUACCUCACUGUCGCUAAAAUAUGUUCUUUAAUAGUUUAAAGGCAAAACGUGUACUUGGUGGUUGUGAAAACUUUUUGGGUUAUUUCUUCUUUGCUUUCCAAGCCAUUUACCUGAAAAGAAAAUCACUCUGUAAACUCUGCAGGCACAUGGUCCUGUGUUUUCUCCCCAACAACUUGUUCCCAGCUCUGAAGCAGAUCUAAACUUUAUUUUAAAUCACAGAAUGCAUGGUAUUUCACUUGGUUUUAUCACAAAGUGAUUACCUUUGCUGCGUGAGGUUGAGAAUUAAAGGUUAUUCAGAGAACUACUGCUUUUGCGAGUUACUCCACUGAUAAAUGUGAGUGAUGAUCUUACAGUAUAAGAUGGGAGCGUGCCUCCUGGAACCCAGGCUGUGCCUCCUUCAUUAAGCUCUCUGGUUACCAUCCAGAAAGGCCCAGGAAGAAUGUGGAUCACCAUUCAUCCUAGCUGAGGUAAAGUGAACCAGGUAUUUUCACUUCCUCCCACACUCUGAGGGCCACAAGAUAGAAAAUCAGACUCUUAAGUUCAGUAAAUGGGCUGUUAGAUUCUUCAACAAGUUAGCACAUUUCUACAUUUCUAAAAUGUGAAUAAUAAUUCUGGCAAGGUAAAAACAGUUAUCUCCCAAGUCAGACUAAAAUUGUUGAACUUUACAGAAGCAACAUCCUCUAGUGUUGUCCAGUAUCAACUGGAGUGGGCAAGCACUUAAGGACUGAACUACCUAUUUUAUUAAAACAAAGGGGGGGGAUAGUUUCUUUUUCUUUGUCAAAUAGUUAAAAAAAUUACCUCAGAAAAGGUACUAUUGGGGAUAGGGACUGAGCUCAAGCCAAAAAUCAUUGAAUUCAAUGUUUGCUUCCUGGGACCAACUAAUCAGUUUUACUGUUCCAGACUCAUGAGGAACAAACUUUUCUGAGUCAUGUAAUCUUCCACUGCAGUACCUCUUUCCUCACAACCAUUUUUUUAAAUUCUCUAAUUUCUGGGAAAAUUCUAGGAAAACAUAACUUCACUGUCUUUGUCCAGUUAGGUUGCCAUGAUAAAAUACCACAGCCUGGGUGGGUUCUAAACUACCGAAAUUUAAUUUCUUACAGUUCUGGAGGCCAGGAAGUCCAAGAUCAUGGCUUCUACAUGGGUGUGUUCUUGUGAGGAUCCUCUUCCUGGUUCCUAGCCAGCGCCUUCUUGGAUCCUCACAUGGUGGAAGGGGCGAGGGAGCUCUCAGGCCUCUAAUGAGGACACUAAUCAAAUUCAUGAGGCUCUAUCUGUCCUCAUUAUAGUCACCUCCAAAGGCCCCACCUCCUAAUACUAUCACCUCUAGGGGUAGGGUUUCAACAAGAAUUUUGAAGGGGCACAUGUUUAGAUCAUCAUACCUCCCAGUAACAGUAUAGUCCUAAAAAUAAUCCCUCCAAAUAAAUCUGAAUAAAGUUACACAAAGAAAAUAUCAGGCCAGUUAUUUUUACAUUGAAGUCUCUCAAACUUGCGGGUAACAGGCUAUUUGAGUCUGAUGUGGGAUCAUCCAGAGGUGAUCGUGUACAUGCACAAUGAUUCCAGGUUAAUCUGACAAUAUAAUCUACCAAGAUCUGAGAAGGAAAGUA